AUGUCCGAACAUCAGGGCCCCCAGUCUCGCGGUGGACGCGGUGGUGGACGUGGAGGCGGGCGUGGAGGCGAACACAGAGGUGGGCGCGGCGGAGGUGGAGGGCGCGGCGGGCACAAUUCACAACAGCAGGAACGGCCAAAGAAGGAGAACAUUCUCGAUUUAAGCAAAUAUAUGGAUAAGAGGAUUACAGUGAAGUUUAAUGGCGGUAGAGAAGUUACUGGCGCAUUAAAAGGUUACGACGCGUUGAUGAAUUUGGUCUUGGACGAUGUGCAGGAAGUCUUACGAGAUGACGACGGAAACGAGACUACGCGAUCACUGGGAUUGGUGGUGGCAAGAGGAACACUUCUGGUGCUGGUCAGCCCAGUAGAUGGGAGCGAAUCAAUCGCCAACCCAUUCGUACAGGAGGAGGAAUAAGAAUCUCGGGUCUGACUAGAGAGAAUUGUGGCGUCCCGAACUACGAAAAUCGGAUAGGGAUGUGGUCAAGCUACCUGAAGAGGAUUUAGGUGAUUUUUGCAAAGGCCACAGUCUUCAAGCACUAUCGUGUGCUAGGCAAGAGUUCUCAACACCUGCCAUUCGGCCCUCGAUCUGCCACCACGAAGGCUCAUCAACAGUGUGUAGACAGCAUGUAGCCAAAAUAUGAGCUAUAUGGACCGGUAUUGCAUCACCAACUUCUGAAAUGUCUUGUUGCUACUCGUUGUAGG